AUGUUAUCAUCAUCAUCAGUAUCUGAUGGAAUUCUCAAAUUUGCUACACAAUAUUCGUUUUAUAGUAAUUUUAUUAUAUUUGGUUUUGGAGUUAUUGGUAAUGCGUUGAAUCUUCUUGUUUUUAUUCAAUUGAAACUAUUUCGAACCAAUCGAUGCGCCUUCUAUAUAACUAUUGAGUCAAUUUCCAAUUUAAUUUAUUUUGUUUUUACUAUUAGUAUAACUAUUUUAACAUCAAUAUAUGGAGAUACUGCCAUAGGAGGUUCAAAUGCUGGCUGUAAAAUAAAAUAUAUAGUGGGGCAAAUAUGUGCACUCACUACUCUUUAUAUGAUAUGUUUCACCACUGUUGAUCAAUUCUUUUCGACAAAUCAUCGUUUCAAUUUAAGACAAAUGUGUACAUUGAAAUUAGGUCAAUAUUUUGCGUAUAUGUUCAUUUGUUUUGUGAUUAUUCAUAGCAUUGUACUUGGCUCGUCUUACGAUAUUAAACCAACGAUGGGAUGUAUCAUAUCGAAUCGUAUAUGGAUUCGGUAUUCAACAUUUUCCUUUUAUCCAGUUUUAGUUGGUCUCCUACCUAUUAUAAUUGCAUCAUCAUUCAGUAUCUUAGCGUAUCAUAAUGUUCGUCAUAUAGUCCGACAACAAUUACCAAUUGUUCGUCGUAAAUUAGACAAACAAAUAACAACGAUGGUUCUGAUGCGUGUGAUAGCCUUUAUUUGUUUGGUAUUACCUUAUAUUACUUAUAGUAUCUAUGCCAUUAAUUUUCCAACAUCACGAAGUAUGCCUAUGGCAUAUGCAAUUGGCCGAUUGAUUCAAGCAAUUUUUACUUCUAUCUUCAUUAUAAAUUAUAUAGUAUAAUCAUUUUCUUUUCUAAUUCAUAUUUGUAAGAUUUUGGUUUAUUUUAGAUCAACUUUUAUAUCUUCAUAAUAUUCUCAUCACGCUUUCGUCGUCAAGUAAAACUUGUUCUAGUAAAAAAAUGUUGGAAACGAUGGACAUAUUGGUGUUGCCACAUAAACAAUCGAAUUGAACCUGACAACAAUAUUAAAACACCCAACUCACAAAUAAAAUGUGAUGAAAAUAUCUAGUUGCUCAUUAAAUAAAUAAAUAAAUUCUCAUAUGUCUAUUUUUUCUUGAGG